AUGAGAAUCUUUCAAUGGGUUUUUGUCUUAUGUCUUUAUUUUAAAACCUUGCGAGCAAUUGCAGUCUCAAAACAGGUCAAGUUAGGUAAGGUUUCAUACUAUGUUGCAGGUACACCAGAAAUAACGGUCCACGGCAAACUUGUUAAUGAACUAGUUGGGUCCGUAGGUGACUCAUUCCUUUUUCCUUUGACAGUGAUUAAUCACUCUGGUGAAUUGAACUAUUCUGUUCUGGAGUCUAUUUCUGAGGACUUUUCAUCCUCAGACGAUGUUUUCUCUAGCUACUUUCUAGAGACGGUCUUGGUUCAGUCAUCCGAUAUCAAAGUGACAUCUCUGUCGAACUCAUCCAUAUCAACCCUCAAUGUAUCUAGUGUUAUUUCUUUGGAAGGUACUGCUUUGCCAAAUGGUCCUUAUUUUGGUUCUUUUUUGAAUGGUCAGUUAAGUGUCUACAGAGCUUAUCGUCUCUAUUCAGACGAUUUUGCCACCUUCCAGUUGGGUAUCGUUCCCUCUGAUGAAAAUCCAAACCACUACAUGGCUUUGCCAGCGGGCGUAGACGUUGCACAUGCACAAACCAUUGCAGUCCCUUCGAGAUUGUACUACACGGUAUCAGAAGAACAACCAUUGGCAGGAUAUCGUGUUGCUGUGAAGGAUCUAUACAACAUUGCGGGCACUAAAACUGGUGGAUCUUCAAGGGACUAUUAUAAUUUGUAUGAUGAAGCCAAUGUGACCUGUCCAUCUAUCCAACGUGUCCUUGACAUGGGAGGAGUGAUUGUAGGCAAAUUAAAAUUGACACAGUUUGCAAAUGGAGAAACCCCUACUGCUGAUUAUGUCGAUUAUCAUGCUCCAUUCAAUCCUAGGGGAGAUGGUUAUCAAUCUCCUUCUUCGUCCUCUUGUGGUUCAGGGGCUGCAGAAGCUGCCUAUGAUUGGCUUGAUUUCACUAUUGGUUCGGAUACUGGUUGCUCUGUCCGUUGUCCAGCUGGUUCACAAGGAUUGUAUGGGUUGAGACCUACUUUUGAUGCUGUCUCUUUGGAAGGUGUUAUUCCUAUGAGCGAUAUCAUGGACACAGCUGGGUAUUUUGCUAGAACCCCGGAAUUGUUCAAGGUAUUUGGUAAGGCUUGGUAUGGCGCAAACGAGAACAUUUCUACUAGUUACACAUCUUUUCCUAGCACAGUAUACGCUUUCGAUGUCGAAGAGAACCCCCGUGCGUACACAGAAUCGUCUGCUGGUCCGGAAGCAAUUGCCAUCUACAAAGAAUUUGUGAAUAAUGUUGUUACUUUCCUGAAUGGUACUAAUGAAAAACUUCAGGUAUACUCUAAAUUCCAGGAGGACACAGGAAGAAACCUUACUGAGGUUACCAAUAACACGUGCUCUGGUUUGGCAGGUUACUAUCAGUAUGUGAACAUCUGGGAGAGAUUUUCAGAAGACUAUCAAAUGCAAUUUGAUGGUGACACUCCCUUCCUAGACCCUAUUCCAAAAUUCAGAUGGGAUUGGGCAUACUUCAAUUUUACAGAAACCGGUUAUCAGGAAGCAGUAGCUAACAAAGAAUUGUUCGACUCUUGGUGGAAUACCAACGUGACUACUCGUGACAGUGAGACUUGCUCCAAUUCUGUCUACAUAUUCUUGUCCAAUGUUGGUUCAACUUCCUACAGAAACAUUUACCGGAAUGCACCCUCUAACACUGGUUCCAUGUCUGGGUUUUCAGAUCUAAUGGUGUCUUCUUUUGCUCGUACACCUGAAGCUAUCGUCCCUCUAGGUGAAAUUCCAUACAACUCUACUAUUACGCUAACCGAAAAGUACCUACCUGUCACAGCAGCAAUUGGUGCAGCUCCUGGAUGCGACUUCAUGGUUCUGGAUCUAAUUGAGAAAUUAGGAGAGGCAGGAAUUAUCAAUGAGGUAGCUACAGGCCAAAGGCUUUUUCCAGCAAAUUAA